ACAACAGUCUGCUUUUGUGGUUCAUGUGUCCGUCGUCCAACCACAACUCGGGCAUUCGAUUUCCAGUAACGAUCGAAGCUCCAAAAAUCCAGCGCGCCAUCGGAAAUGGAGUCCCCGUUCAAAGUCGAUGCACUCAAAGGCAAAGUCGCACUGCUAACGGGCGGCGGAUCGGGAAUCGGAUUCGAGAUUUCCGCCCAGUUCGGCAAGCACGGCGCCGCCGUCGCCAUCAUGGGACGCCGCCGGCACGUCCUUGACGACGCCGUCCGGUCACUCAAAUCUCUAGGCAUUCCGGCUGUUGGAUUCGAAGGUGAUGUUAGAAAACGGGAAGAUGCGCAGAGAGUGGUGGAGGCGACGGUGAAGCAUUUCGGGAAGCUUGAUAUCCUUGUGAACGCCGCCGCCGGAAAUUUCCUGGCGGCGGCUGAGGAUCUCUCGUCCAAUGGAUUCAGAACAGUUUUGGAUAUCGACGCUGUUGGCACAUUCACUAUGUGUCGAGAGGCUCUUGAGUACCUCAAAAAAGGCGGUCAUGGAAGAAACUCGUCUGGUGGUGGCCUAAUACUGAAUAUCAGUGCCACUUUGCAUUACACUGCUGCCUGGUAUCAGGUCCAUGUGUCCGCAGCCAAGGCGGCGGUUGAUGCUCUUGCAAGAAAUUUGGCUCUUGAAUGGGGGACGGAUUAUGACAUUAGAGUCAAUGGAAUUGCACCGGGACCGAUUGCAGAUACUCCCGGCAUGAGCAAACUGGCUCCUGAAGAAAUGACGAGUGGCAAUUCCAGAGAUCAAAUGCCUCUUUAUAGACUCGGCACAAAGUGGGAUAUUGCUAUGGCUGCUGUUUUCCUCGCCUCGGAUGCUGGGAAAUACAUAAAUGGGAGCGUGAUGCCGGUGGACGGAGGGCUUUGGCUUAGCAAGCCUCGUCAUCUGGCGAAGGAGGCCGUUAAGGAGCUAUCCCGGACUGUGGAGAGAAGAUCUCGUGUAGCACCUACCGGCACUCCUUCGAGCAAGCUAUAGCCAACCUACGGGGACUUUGGGAUCGAAUCAAUUGAAUAGGUAAAGAUGCUCGAAUUUGAAUUUGUGGCUUGGUUCUCUUUCUAUUUCUAUUUAUAUUACAUGGUAAAGUGAAUCUUCAAAAAUGAUGUUUAAGGCUUCAGCAUAAGCUCAUGUCUACUUUGCAUGAUGAA